CUGUAGAGAAUGUCAAAGUGGUUACUCAGGAAAGUGAAACCAUGCCAGUAACUCAGCAGGCAGAAAGGGAGGGUGAACAACAAGUGAAUGGGAACAAAGCCAAUCAUGAGAAGUUUGAGAUCACUGCUACUAGCGGAUCUGUUCCCAUGGCGAAGUUUAGGCUUGAUCAGAUCAAGAAGACUGGAAAAGAACCAGAUCCUAUAGAGACAUUCAAGAAGUUCCAUGUUAAGAAGGCCAAUGGUGAAUUCACCACCCCAAAAGCUCAGACCAUACAUGCUGAAUUGAAGAAUAAGGAAGCUGAGAAGUUGACUCAAGGGGAAGAGGUGAACCAGUUUGCGAUUUAUGGUGAGGUUGUAAGAAAACAGUCUAGGAAACGUGUGCUGGGAAUGGGUUAUGGGGUAAGUGGUGUGGAUGUGUUUGGCCCUACCUCCGGUCAGGGCUGCAGCAAAAGGUGCAAAGAGGACCGAAGGCAAGAGAAGGUGAAGAAUGAUGAGAUGAUAAGCAUGCUGAAAGAAGAGCUAGUGCAGGUGAAGAGUAGAAUUCCUCAGAUUGUUGAGGACACCUUGAAGAGGCUAGGAGUUACUUUGGUAGAGUCCUCAAUGGCUGGAGACAAGGGGGUGAAUGAUGAAGAUGAAGAUUGAGACGAGGAAGUGAAUGAUGAAGAUGCGGACGGUAUUGACGAUGAGAACAGCUCCCCCUGAUGAUGAUGAUUACUAAGUUUACAGCGCUAGGAAGAAGGCAACAGUAGGAACUUUGCAAGUUCCAAUUUUCAAUCGGAAGUUUGCAGCUAGGAAGAAGGCAGUCUUAGGAACUUUGCAAGUUCCAUUUUUCAAUCGGAUUAUGUUUAUGUUAUGUUAUGUUUUGUUAAGUGUUUGGUUGUUUUGUU